AUGACGUACAAGCCCCCUAAGGUCGAAGAAGACUACUCCGACACAUCCGAACCUCAAAAGCGCAAGCGCGAUGAAAAAUACCCUGAGCUGGAACCAGCAACUCCUCAACAAGAAUUCGAGACAGAAAAACAACAACCGCCCAGCAAAGCACCUAGGCCUGAUGAGACGCCUGUCGAGGAGGGUAAGAUAAAUGCAGAAGGCGAGGUGAAUGAUGAUGAUGAGGAGGAGGAGCUUAGUGAUGUGUAUGAAGAGGGCGAGGACGAGUUUGAGGAGGGGAACGACAAAAACGAAGAUGACGAAGAAGUAGAAGAGGAGGACAAGGAAGACGUCGAAGAUAAUCAAGUAGAGGCAGACGAUGAAGUAGAGGAAGAAAAAGAAGAAAAGGAGAAGGAAGACACUGGAAAGCAUGAGCCAAAGGUACAAAAGGCUGUUGACAAACUGGGCCGGAGUCCCCUUGAUGGCACAAAGAUUGCCCAGAAGCCUCUUACUGCAUCACCGGAAACACUGCUGGCGAUGGUUAUUGAUGCCAUGCUGAAGUCGCGCCCCAUUUCUCAUGAUUUAACUCAGCGCGCGAUCACCAAGGUUAUUGAAGCUGGGUAUCAUGAUAUCCGCAAGUUAGGGGACAGUAGCUGGGAGGAGCGCACCAUGAUUCUGAAGGAUGGAGGAUACAAUCGAUAUAGGGAACAGGGAGCUACAAAUUUAGGAGAAUUGGCGGAAUUAGUCGAUGGCAAAUACGGUGGUGAUCUCAAUAAUCUAUUGGAAGAGGCACAUCACAACCGCGACGAAGUAAGGAAGCUCAUCAAGGAAAUCAAGGGCCUCGGCGAUUUAGGCGCCGAUCUUUUCUUCAAUAAUGUCCAGAGUGUAUGGCCUGAAAUUGCUCCGUUUGUUGACAGACGCAGCCUGCAAACAGCAGAUCAAGUUGGGAUUGGCACCGAUCUGGAUACCAUCUACGCCGAUCUGAACCAUGACUCGAUGAAGAUGAGCAGACUGGCUAACGGCUUGUCUGCUGCCAGGCUGGAUAAAAGGCAAGGGGAACUUCUAAGCAUUUGA